UCCAAAACGGCAACAAUUAUCCACUUCUCAGCUCUCACUGCGAGAGAAUCAGUAUUUCAAUGGCGAAGACCGGAGAGGGCAGCAGAUCAAGAUGGUCUCUUACAGGGAUGACCGCUCUGGUCACCGGAGGAACUCGUGGAAUCGGGCGUGCGAUCGUGGAGGAACUAGCUGAACUGGGCGCCAGUGUGUACACAUGUUCGAGAAAGGAAGAAGAACUGAACCAACGCUUGCAAGAAUGGGCUGCGAAAGGCCUCAAAGUCUCCGGUUCCGUCUGCGAUGCUUCGUCUGCAGACCAGCGGGUGCUGCUCUCGCAGAAGGUUUCCUCCGCCUUUGAUGGCAAGCUCAACAUUCUUGUUAACAAUGUUGGGACAAACAUCAGGAAGCCUACAACUGAGUAUACUACUGAAGAAUAUUCUUAUCUCAUGGCUACCAACUUAGAGUCCUCUUACCAUCUAACUCAAAUUUCUUACCCUCUCUUGAAAGCAUCUGGAUCUGGAUGCAUUGUCUUUAUCUCCUCAGUUGCUGGCAUGGAAAACAUUUCUUCUGGAUCAAUUUAUGGAGCAUCCAAAGGAGCUAUGAAUCAGCUUACAAAGAAUUUGGCUUGUGAAUGGGCAAAGGACAACAUUAGGGUCAAUUGUGUGGCCCCCUGGUAUAUCAAAACCUCCCUGACGGAUCAUUUGCUUGGGAACAAAGAGUUUCUCGAUAGGGUGGUAUCUAGAACGCCUCUCAUGCGUCCAGGGGAACCGCAAGAAGUUUCAUCAGUGGUUGCUUUCCUUUGUCUUCCUUCAGCCUCUUAUGUGACUGGUCAGGUUAUUGCAGUUGAUGGAGGCUUUACAGUGCAUGGUUUUGCCUGGUUCCAUGGUUAAACGAUCUGCGAAUCGGAUAACUUAUCUGUUAGCUCGGGAGUUUGUUUUUAGGUUAGAUUAUAUGGAAUGGUUCUCUAACCCUCCUUGCAUUUGUAAUACUCUGUUU